AUGUUACAUUACCCUAGCACAAGCACUUGGUAUGUCUAUGGGAGGUGCUCCAGCAGGUCCCGCUGGUACUGGAAAAACAGAAACAACUAAGGAUAUGGGAAAAGCACUUGGCAAAUAUGUUGUUGUCUUCAAUUGCUCUGAUCAAAUGGACUUUCGCGGAUUAGGACGUAUCUAUAAAGGUUUAGCACAGUCUGGAUCAUGGGGAUGCUUUGAUGAAUUUAACAGAAUAGAGCUGCCUGUAUUAUCUGUAGCUGCACAGCAGAUCUACAUUGUACUCACAGCCAAAAAAGAUAGAAAGAAGGAAUUUGUCUUCACAGAUGGAGAUAAUGUAGACUUAAAUCCUGAAUUUGGUCUGUUCUUAACAAUGAACCCUGGUUAUGCUGGACGUCAAGAAUUGCCUGAGAAUUUGAAAGUACAAUUUAGAACUGUUGCUAUGAUGGUUCCUGAUAGACAGAUUAUCAUGAGAGUGAAGCUUGCUUCUUGUGGUUUCCUUGAAAAUGUCUUGCUUGCACAGAAAUUCUACACACUUUACAAACUGUGUGAAGAACAGCUUUCAAAACAGGUACAUUAUGAUUUUGGAUUAAGAAACAUUUUGUCAGUACUGAGAACACUGGGAGCAAACAAGAGAGCCAGACCAAAUGAUACUGAAAGCACAAUUGUCAUGAGAGUACUCAGAGAUAUGAACUUGUCAAAACUGGUUGAUGAAGAUGAACCAUUGUUUAUGAGUUUAAUUGCUGACUUGUUCCCUGGAAUAACCCUUGAUUCAGCAACCUACGCUGAACUUCAAGUGGCAAUAGCAAACCAGGUAGAUGCUGCAGGGCUCGUAAACCAUCCAUCAUGGAACUUGAAACUUGUACAGCUAUAUGAGACUCAGCGUGUACGUCAUGGAAUGAUGACAUUAGGACCAAGUGGUGCUGGUAAAUCAUGCUGCAUUCAUGUACUGAUGAAGUCAAUGAGUGACUGUGGAGCUCCACAUAGAGAAAUGAGAAUGAACCCAAAGGCCAUUACAGCACCACAGAUGUUUGGUAGAUUGGAUGUUGCCACCAAUGACUGGACAGAUGGUAUAUUUUCUACACUUUGGAGAAGAUCUUUGAAAGCAAAGAAAGGAGAGCAUAUUUGGAUUGUUCUAGAUGGUCCAGUAGAUGCUAUUUGGAUUGAGAAUCUCAACUCUGUACUUGAUGACAACAAAACUCUAACAUUAGCUAAUGGAGAUCGUAUUCCUAUGGCACCAAACUGUAAGAUUGUGUUUGAAGUGCACAACAUUGACAAUGCCUCGCCUGCUACUGUAUCCAGAAACGGUAUGGUCUUCAUGAGUUCAUCUGCAUUGGACUGGAGACCUAUUUUACAGGGAUGGUUAAAAACAAGAACUGCUCAGGAAAGUGACAUUCUAUUUGGACUGUUUGACAAAGUGUUUGAUGAUAUCUUCAGAUAUGUUAACUUGAAUCUUAACAUGAAGAUGAUACUUCUUGAAUGUAACCAGAUCAGACAGGCAACAGAUCUUCUAGAGGGUUUAAUUCCCAAAAGAGAUGACAAAGGAAACCUACCAGGCUCCCAUUUAGAAAAGCUGUUCAUUUUUGCCUUAAUGUGGAGUUUAGGAGCACUGUUGGAACUGGAGGAUCGUGCCAAGAUGGAACAUUUCAUUGUGAAUGAUUGUGAAAAAUUAUCCUUGCCUCCAGUAAAAGAUGAUGAAACCAUUUUUGAGUACUUGGUUGAUGAGAAAGGGGAAUGGUUACAUUGGAUGCAUAGAGUAGAGGAGUAUAUCUAUGCAUCAGAUUAUGUUCCAGAGUUCAGUUCAAUUCUAGUACCAAAUGUGGACAAUGUCAGAACAAACUUUCUCAUUGAUACUAUUGCAAAGCAGUACAAGGCUGUAUUGCUGAUAGGAGAACAGGGAACAGCUAAGACUGUGAUGAUCAAAGGUAACAUGGCAAAAUAUGACCCAGAUGCACAUCUUAGCAAGAGUUUCAACUUUUCAUCAGCCAGUACACCUAUGAUGUUCCAGAGAACGAUAGAAAGUUAUGUGGACAAGAGAAUGGGAAGCACAUAUGGACCACCUGGUGGAAGACGUAUGACAGUUUUCAUUGAUGAUGUCAACAUGCCCAUUAUAAAUGAGUGGGGAGAUCAGGUAACCAAUGAGAUCACACGCCAGAUGAUGGAAAUGCAUGGCAUGUACAGUCUGGAUAAACCUGGUGACUUUAUAUCUAUAGUAGACCUACAGUUUGUAGCAGCUAUGAUUCACCCUGGUGGAGGCAGAAAUGAUAUUCCAGAAAGAUUAAAAAGGCAAUUUUGUAUCUUCAAUUGUACUUUGCCAUCAAACAACUCUAUAGAUAAAAUCUUUGGAAUCAUUGGAUGUGGAUACUUCUGUCCAGAGAGAUUUAACACAGAAAUAUGUGACAUCACAAAAUUGUUAGUCCCAGCAACAAGAAUUGUUUGGCAGGCAACCAAGGUGAAAAUGUUACCAACCCCUGCAAAGUUCCAUUAUAUUUUCAACUUGAGAGAUUUGUCCCGUAUUUGGGAAGGCAUGUUGAAAAUCCAUGGAGAUGAUUGUUCUAGUAAAGCCACUAUGCUUGGGCUUUGGAAGCAUGAAUGCACAAGGGUCAUUGCUGACAGGUUUACUAAUCCAGAGGACAAGCAGUGGUUUGAAAAUGCAAUGAUUAAUGUGUGUAAGACGCAUCUAGGAGAGGAAUAUUUUAAUGAACUACCACAGGAACCAUUCUUUGUUGAUUUCCUCAGGGACGCCCCUGAACCUACAGGUGAAGAAUCAGAAGAUGCUUCCCUUGAUGCUCCUAAAAUUUAUGAACAGAUAGAAGACUUGGGAAUGUUGAAUGAAAAAUUGAAAAUGUUUAUGGUACAAUACAAUGAGACAGUAAGGGGAGGAUCAAUGGACCUUGUAUUUUUCAAAGAUGCCAUGGUACAUCUGAUUAAGAUAUCAAGAAUUAUCCGCACACCAAGAGGCAAUGCUCUACUUGUUGGAGUUGGUGGAUCUGGAAAACAAUCACUGACAAGAUUGGCUUCCUUUAUUGCAAACUACAAAAUGUUUCAGAUUACUCUUAGCAGGACAUAUGGUAUCACUAACCUGAUGGAUGAUUUAAAGUUUCUAUAUCGAGUAGCUGGUGGAAAAGGGCAAGGCAUAUCAUUCAUUUUCACAGACAAUGAGAUCAAAGAUGAAGCUUUCCUUGAAUACCUUAACAAUGUGCUUAGCUCUGGAGAGGUUUCAAACUUGUUUGCCAAAGAUGAAUUAGAUGAAAUAACACAAGAACUGAUACCUGUCAUGAAGAAAGAGUGUCCAAGGCGACCUCCAACACCUGAAAAUCUUUAUGAUUAUUUCAUUUCAAGGGUGUUAGCUGAGGUGACAGCUAGUGCUACAGCAGCAGAGAAAGUUAAAGCUGAUGUGCAAAAAGUAAAAGAUAAAAACACGCAUAAAGUAGAGAAAACAAUGUUUGGGGAAAAAUCAUAUGCGAAACAAAAAGAGGCUGCUAAAAACCCCCUCUCAUGGAAGCUGAAAGAAACCCUGCAGUUUGAGAAUUAGGACUGUGUACUUCUGCUGUUCCAAAAAAGGGUAGAUACAGUAACACCUGAUCCUGAAAGACCUUGUCCUAAACCUUCCUGGGGAGAAUCACUUAAGUUGAUGAGUGCUUCAGGUUUCUUACAAACUUUGGUGCAAUUUCCAAAAGACACCAUCAACGCUGAGACUGUAGAGUUAAUGGAACCAUAUCUACGUAUGGAAGAUUUUAACAUGGAGUCUGCUAAGAAAGUGUGCAGUAAUGUUGCAGGUUUACUGUCCUGGUCAUGUGCUAUGGCUUUCUUCUUUGGUGUAAAUAAAGAAGUACUACCAUUGAAGGCAAACCUUGCAGUGCAAGAGGCAAGACUUAAUGUAGCUUCAGCUGAACUAGAUACAGCUCAAGCACAGCUUGAUGAUAAGCAGAAAGAACUUGAUGCAGUACAGGCCAUGUAUGAUGCUGCUAUGAAAGAAAAACAGGAAUUGUUAGAUGAUGCUGAAUCCUGCAAGAGAAGAAUGACAGCAGCAUCAGCACUUAUUGGUGGAUUAGCUGGUGAAAAAGUGAGAUGGACAGAACAGAGCAAGCAGUUUAAAUCACAGAUUGACAGGCUAGUUGGGGAUGUGUUACUUUGUACUGGAUUCUUGUCUUAUUCUGGACCAUUUAAUCAAGAGUUCCGCAGUAAGCUGGUCAAUAACUGGCAGAAAGAGAUGUAUCAAAGACGCAUUCCAUUUACAAAUGACCUUAAUCUCAUCACCAUGCUUGUUGAUAAUGCAACAAUUGGUGAAUGGAAUAUUCAAGGUUUGCCAAAUGAUGACUUGUCAGUACAGAAUGGUAUUAUUACAACAAAAGCUACCAGAUACCCACUUCUUAUUGAUCCGCAAGGACAGGGGAAAAUCUGGAUCAAAAAUAGGGAAAAAGAAAGAGAAUUACAAGUGACAUCUUUGAACCACAAGUAUUUCCGUACACAUCUUGAGGAUGCUCUGUCUCUAGGAAGACCACUGCUCAUUGAGGAUGUAGAGGAAGAGCUAGACCCUGCCCUCGAUAAUGUGCUGGAGAAAAACUUUAUUAAAUCAGGUUCCACUUUCAAGGUAAAAGUUGGAGACAAGGAGUGUGAUGUGAUGUCUGGGUUUUAUCUCUACAUCACAACAAAGUUUGCUAACCCAGCAUAUACACCAGAGGUUAGUGCCAGAACAUCUAUCAUUGAUUUUACUGUGACUAUGAAAGGUUUGGAAGAUCAGUUGCUGGGACGUGUCAUAUUGACUGAGAAAAAUGAAUUAGAAGCUGAGCGUGUCAAAUUAAUGGAGGAUGUGACAGCAAACAAACGCAAGAUGAAAGAACUUGAAGACAAUCUUCUAUUUAAACUCACCAGUACAAAGGGUUCAUUAGUAGAUGAUGAGUCACUGAUCACUGUGUUGGGUGUGACUAAAGUAACAGCAGCUGAGGUCAGUGAGAAGUUAACAGUAGCUGCUGAAACAGAAAUCAAGAUUAAUGAGGCAAGAGAAGAAUUUAGACCAGUGGCAUCAAGGGGAAGUAUCCUGUAUUUCCUGAUAUGUGAUAUGACUAUUGUGAACAGAAUGUAUCAGACGUCAUUAACCCAGUUUUUAGGAAUAUUUGACAUCUCAAUGGCAAGAUCGGACAAAAGUCCAGUUACAUCCAAAAGAAUUCAAAACAUUAUAGAUUAUCUGGGCUUUGAAGCAUUUAGGUACACAUGCCGAGGGUUGUAUGAGGAACAUAAGUUUCUAUUUGUCCUUUUGAUGUCACUUAAGAUAGAUAUACAACAGAAUAGAGUCAAACAUGACGAGUUUCAAACAUUUGUCAAAGGUGGAGCUGCUCUAGAUUUAAAUGCAGUUACACCAAAGCCUGCCAAAUGGAUUUCAGACAUGACUUGGCUGAAUCUUGUACAGUUGAGUUCUCUUGGUCAGUUCUCAGAGAUACUCAACCAAGUUACCCGGAAUGAUAGAGGCUGGAAGGCCUGGUUUGACACAGAUGCUCCCGAGGAGGAAACCAUGCCUGAUGGUUAUACAGCAGCACUAGAUUCAUUCAAGAAGCUGUUGCUUAUAAGAUCCUGGUGUCCAGACAGAACAGUGCCUCAAGCAAGAAAGUAUAUAAGUGAUUCAAUGGGACCAAGGUAUGCUGAAGCUGUACUGCUUAAUCUUGAAGCUACCUGGGCGGAGAGUGAUACAAGAACACCUCUCAUCUGCUUCUUGUCUAUGGGUUCUGAUCCAACCAACCAGAUUGAGAAUCUUUGUAAGAAAAGACAACUUGAAUUCAGGGCUAUUUCAAUGGGACAGGGACAAGAAGUACAUGCAAGAAAACUCAUUCAUGCUUUCAUGCAAACUGGAGGCUGGGCUCUACUGCAGAAUUGUCAUUUAGGUUUGAACUUUAUGGAUGAGUUGUUGGAUACAUUGUUAGAGGCACAACAGAUACAUGAUGACUUCAGAGUGUGGAUUACAACAGAACCCCAUGAUCACUUUCCUAUCAGCUUACUCCAGUCUUCAUUGAAGUUUACCAAUGAGCCACCUCAAGGUAUCAAGGCAGGCUUAAAGAGAACUUACGCUGGAUUGAGUCAGGACUUUCUUGAUGUUUGCAGCAUGCCACAGUGGAAGUCUCUUCUAUUUGGCGUUUCCUUUCUACACACAGUGGUUCAGGAACGUAGAAAGUUUGGUCCAUUAGGAUGGAAUAUUCCUUAUGAAUUUAACUCCUCAGAUUGGCAAGCCAGUGUGCAGUUCUGUCAAAACCAUUUAGAUGACAUAGAUGUGAAAAAGGGUGUAUCAUGGGUGACUGUAAGGUACAUGCUUGGAGAAGUGCAGUAUGGCGGAAGAGUAACAGAUGAUUAUGAUAAGAGACUUCUCAAUACAUUUGCUAGAGUAUGGUUUGGUGACUUCAUGUUUGCUGACAACUUCCAGUUUUACACUGGUUACAAGAUUCCAAAAGUAAAGUCCUAUGAUCAGUUCAUGACUUACAUAGAUAAUUUGCAAUUAGUGGACUCUCCAGAGGCCUUUGGUCUACAUCCCAAUGCUGACAUCACAUACCAGACAAAUAUGGCAGGCAGUAUUCUAGAUACAAUAAUGAGUAUACAACCAAAAGAGGGUGGUGCUGGAGCUGGUGAAACAAGAGAAUCUGUUGUGUUUAGAAUGGCCGAGGAUAUGCUGGAUAAAUUACCUGUUGACUACAAACCUCAUGAAGUUAAAGACAGGUUAAAGAAAAUGGGACAAUUACAUCCAUUGAACAUUUUCUUGAAGCAAGAAAUUGACAGAAUGCAAAGAGUUAUCGGCAUUGUUAGAACCACUCUGAGUGAUCUAAAACUUGCAAUUGAAGGAACAAUUAUUAUGUCAGAGAACUUAAGAGAUGCUUUAGACAACAUGUUUGAUGCCAAGGUUCCAAACCUGUGGCGCAAAGUGUCCUGGCAGUCCUCAACCCUUGGUUUCUGGUAUACAGAACUUUUAGAAAGAAACGACCAGUUUUUCAAAUGGGUUUUCCAGGGUAGACCAGAUGUAUUCUGGAUGACAGGAUUAUUCAAUCCACAAGGAUUCUUAACUGCUAUGAGACAAGAAGUGACAAGAGCACACAAAGGUUGGGCUUUGGAUUCUGUCACCUUACACAAUGAUGUGUUGAAGUCAUUGAAAGAAGACAUUACUGGACCUCCUGCAGAAGGGGUAUAUAUUUAUGGUCUUUAUCUGGAUGGAGCUAGCUGGGACAAAAGGAACUGUAGACUGUCAGAAUCUCAUGCCAAAGUGUUGUUUACACUCCUUCCUGUCAUUCACAUGUAUGCAAUCAAUUCAACAGCACCAAAAGAUCCUAGGCUGUACCAAUGUCCAGUAUACAAGAAGCCACACAGGACAGACUUAACAUACAUUACAUUCAUUGUUCUCAAAACAAGCCAAAGCCCUGAUCACUGGAUUCUAAGAGGUGUUGCUGCUCUUUGUGACAUCAAAUAGAAUUACAUAUUUAAAAAUCAUCUCUGCAUGAUUGCAGUUGAAUGUUGGACAGACUAAUGAAUCUAUUUUUAUUAAAUACGUAAUUUAUUCCCUUUACUGUUUUAGUUACUUAAUAAAUUGUUACAGUGAA